AUGGACUACCUUCGUACUCUUGGAUCUGCGGCUGUCUCAUCUCUAGUGCAGAAAUCAGGCUUGAACCUCCCGUUUUCACUUGGCCAGAGAGUUUGGAACGACGGGAUCUGGGCACUUUACGACGCUACAAGAAGGGAUGACGGCGCGCCUGUAUCAGUCUUCGAGUUUGAUACCACUCUGAAGGGUCUACUUCCUUUGGCGAAAAAUGCGCUGAGGAAGUUACGUGUCACCCGCCAUCCCGACGUCCUCAAAUUCAUGGAUGCAGUAGAGACCGACACCACAGUAUAUAUUAUGACCGAACGCGUUCGACCCCUGCAGUCUGAGCUGCAGAAUCUAUCUACGAAGAAUGUCCAAGACAAGCAAGAUUGGUUAUUGUGGGGUCUUCAUAGGAUCACGACGGCUUUGGCGUUUGUCAACGAAUCUUGUAAUUCAACGCAUGGGAACUUGCGUGUCAAUUCCAUAUUUUUGACGUCGACUGGCGAGUGGAAACUCGGAGGGUUCGAGGUACUGAGCAGCCCAAGCGACGAGGCUGCAGUACUCUAUACUUUCGGCGGCUUGCGCCCCUACGCUGACUCGAUAGCGUCUCCAGAGGUGCAGAAAAGCGGGUGGUCUGGUCUAAAACAACAUCCAACCGCUGCUGCAGACUCGUAUGCGCUUGCCCUCCUGAUCCACUCCCUUUUUAACCCAACUGCUCUUCCACCGUCAACAAUGGAGCCCCCACAUCCACCCCCCCAACCCUCUUCUCGUGGAGCCAUCCCACCUACCGUAUUCCCAUCUUUCAAGAAGCUCCUAAACCCGAACCCCAAACCUCGAAUGACCGCGAAGCUGUUCCUAGAUGUGGGAAUGGCUGAGAGCCUCGGCGAAGGCGGAUUCUUCAAAGACAACCGGCUGCUCAAGAUCUGCCAAGGGUUCGAGAGCUUUGGUCUUAUGUCCGAGGGCGAGCGGGUCAUACUCCUCCGGACGAUCAAGGAGGUUGCGCCGACGCUCCCUGUGACAUUUGCCACAAACCUCGUCCUGCCGUUCCUCCUCGAAACGGUCUCGAACCCCGCGAUGGCCUCCUCGGGGUCUACGAUCCUCCCGCUCGCCGUCCAGCUCGGAAAAAACGUCUCGCCCGAGGAGUACACGAAGAUCAUAAUUGAACCCGUCAUAAAACUUUUCGCGAGCCCCGACCGCGGCACACGCAUGGCGCUGCUCGACAUCCUGCCCGAGUUUGCGGACAAGCUCGACAAGCAAACUGUCUCGAACAAAGUGUGGCCACAUCUACAAACGGGAUUCAUGGAUACCGUCCCAGUCAUCCGUGAGGCCACCGUCAAGUCCAUAGGUCUCCUUUCUGGCAAGUUCAACGACCGGAUCUUGAAUAACGACCUCCUACGGCAGCUCGCACGCCUACAGUCCGACCCAGAAGCCUCCAUCCGCACGAACACAUGCAUCCUCAUCGGGCGGCUGGGCCCGACGCUCGGGUACCACACGAAGCGCAAGGUGCUCGUCAUGGCGUUCGCGAAGGCGCUCAAGGACGACUUUGUGCACGCGCGCGUGGCGGGGGUCAUGGGCUUCAUGGCGUGCGUCGAUUGCUUCGAUAUCGAAGAGCUCGCAAGUCGGGUCGUGGGCACGGUGGCGGGGGCUGUGGUCGAUAAGGAGAAGCUCGUACGCGAUCAGGCGUUGAAAGCGGUCGAGAUGUUCAUGAAGAAGCUGGAAGUGCACGCUGCGACCAUGGUUCGUGUUGCGUCGCGUCUUAAGAUGAACUGUGCUGAUCAUGGAUGUAUUAUGGUACAGCCCGAAACGGCGCUUACAGGGGACGAUACGCCCAAUCCCCUGGGUGCCUUCACGGCUGCGACGAACGGCCAGACUACGCUCGCCAGUUCCGCUGCUGGUGCAGCCGGCGCGCUGGCAGGCUGGGCCAUCUCCUCCAUCGGGAAGAAGGUACAUGACCGUUCAAGUUUAUGCCUUCGUCCGUCCAUUGAUCGAUCACUGAACGCCAGAUUGCGCCCGGGGACAUGCACAGUGCUAUCACUCCCGCAUCCUCGAUACCCCCUCCGCGAUUGCUGCUUUCCAGCCGCCCUACGACUGUCGUUUCAGCGCCCGCAACGCCGUCCGCGUCCUCUGCGCCGACGAAGCCGAAGGGCAUGCGCCUGA